AAAUUGGUAAAAUAUUCAAAAACUCUUUGGUCAACUAGCUACAUGCAAUUAAUAAGUGGCAACAUCGUUUCCUUUCUUUCAGAUUUAUAGUAAAAUAAGUUCGGAAUGGCAGACGCUGCGCCGUCCACUGCGCCUAAGGCGAAAACGCCUAAAACUAAGGCACCUAAAGAAAAAGUGGCCAAGGCUGCUCCAGCAGCUCCUGUGGAGCCCACAAAGGUCCUUCGCAAAGCAUCAAAGCCCCGCCACGGCAGGCUGUACGCAAAGGCCGUAUUCACAGGAUAUAAGCGUGGUCUACGCAACCAGCACGAGAACACCGCUCUCCUCAAGGUUGAAGGAGCAAAAGACCGUAAUGAUGCAGUCUUUUAUGCUGGCAAGCAUUGCGUCUAUGUGUACAGAGCUAAGAAGAGGACACCAAUUCCCGGAGGUCCCCGUGGCAAAAAAACCAAGCUGCGUGCUAUCUGGGGCAAGGUGACCCGCCCACAUGGCAACUCUGGCAGUGUUCGAGCCAAGUUCAAGUCUAACCUCCCUGCCCAGGCUAUGGGACACAGAAUACGAGUGAUGCUGUAUCCUUCCAGGAUCUAAGAACCUUCUGCUAAUUAUAAGAAUAAAAUC